GUUCUAGGUGGAAGGUUUCGCAGGCCGACUGUUGUGUCCGAUCCGUUGUCGAGGCAACAUCUGUGCUGCGCCCGCCGCGAGUGUAUCGACAAAACAGUGCAGUGUUGUGAGUGCCAGUGUCACGGAAAUGUUACUAUUGUGAUCCAAAAAUACCCUAUAAUGGCCUUAAAAAAGGAUUUCGACAUAAACAAGAGCAUAUUCAAAAUAAAACUCCCCAAAACUGUGAAGUUCCAACAAGCUAUCGACAAAAUAUUUAAAAAGAACAACUACACAAAAAUAGUGCAAAGUUAGUUCAGUAGUUUGAAACAGACUCGUUUGAUUAAAUGGCCGGUGAAGUAAGUGCAAAUAUUAGUAGAAGUAGUAAAGAUAACACUGAACCGGAGCCGCCAGAUCGCAACAAGUCACCCAACUUUAUAACAGACGAAACUCAGUUCGUAGGCAACGGGAACAUACGAACAUCAACACCUUUGAGCAAGCACAGGCGGAGCAGAAGUAAAAGUGGUACGAGGAAGACUCCUGUACCGCUGAGCUUUUCAGACGAACAUUUUUAUGAGGAUUUGGAAGCGUAUGUGAGAGAAAUGUCGACCGCAAGGACAACUGCAACCAUGGACGCUGGACAGGAGCACGACCUGUGGGCACAGCUCCAGCAGAAGGAGUCAGACCUGCUGCUGGCUGCAGAGCUGGGCAAGGCCCUCCUGGAUAAAAACGAGGAGCUGAAGAAAGAACAGGAGCGCGUGACGGAAGAAUACUCCAAAAAAGUCGAGGAACUGGAACAAGAGAAGCACCUCCUCAGACGACGACUGGACACAACACAAGGCGAGUACGAGGCUCGGCUGCUGGAGCUGCAGAAUGACAUCCGAGAGCUCACAGCCAAGAUCGAUUCUAGAGAUACUUCUGUUAAACAGCGCGAUGAGGAAAAAGCCAGCCUAAUAGCAGAGCUGACAGCCCAGAACUCCAGACUGACAGUACAACUGAAAGAGUCAUCAGCCACUGAAGCGAACCUACUGGCACAGCUUGAGGGCCUGAAGGACCAGUGUUCCAUGAGGAAAACCAGCUUACAGGAUCAUGUACAAAGUCUGGAAUCCUUGAAAGCUGAACUGGCGAUGGUGACAGACAAGAAGUCAGAUUUGGAAAGAAGGCUGACAGGGUCACUUAAGGAUAAGGAGAAUCUGAUGCAGCAACUUGAUGAAGCUAACGACAGGAUCGUGGCGUUAGAGAGGCAGCUUAAAGAACAGGAACAUCUCUACCAGAACACACUUAAAGAGUUGGAGCGUCUCCAAAGAUCCCACGAUACCCUCGCCGAGAGGAUCGGAGCACCAGAUCCCAUUGACACCACAGACACUGCCAGGUCUCUUCAUGCGGAGAUGGAGUCGGAGCCAGAGGACCAGGAUGAUGGCUGGUUGAGGAGUGAGGCUGUGCAGGUCUAUAAGCAGCUGAGAGCGCUGGCGUUGCAGCUUAAUACUGGACAUGAUGAUGAUUCAGGACUCCACUCCGACCUAUCACUGACAUCUCUCGACGGGGAUGAAGGUGAGACACUCCGACGCGGCGCGCUCGCUGCCGCCUGCGCCGACGCCGUGGCCGCGUACGCCACGCUCGAGGGCUCAAGAGUACGAGACUCCAUAGCUGCUCAUGCGCGCCGGGCGUUGGAGAGAGAGCGCCAGAUCGAUGAGAAGAAUGAGAUCAUUGCUGAUUUGUCUUCUAAGCUAUCCGUCGCUGAAGUGGAACUCCGUGCAGCCGCCGAGGAGCGUGACAAGCUCCUCAAUGAUGCCAACUACAGCAGUCUACAGAACGAUGAGGCCGUCACCAAGGCACGCCAGGAGAGGGAUGAAGCUAUGGAGAGGAAGAAGGCUGCUGAGGUGGCUCUAGCGAAGACCCGCGUGGAGCUGAUGCAGGCCAACAGUCAGCUGUACGAGGCUGUGCGCCAGAAAGUGGACCUUGGCCAGCAGUUGGAGCAGUGGCAGAUGGACAUGCAGGAACUCAUCGACGAGCAGAUGAAGCACAAGCUGACCACGCAGGAGAAGCGAAGGAAGCUUCCAGAACAGCCGCCCCCCACCAGAACCUCUCGACUCCUCGGAUUUUUUCACCGGUGAUCUGUUGUACCCCACUCUUGGUGCGCCUCUAUGAAGCCAUAGACCACUCGACCAUAUCAACUCUCUACCUUAUCAUCAUCAAAUAUUACCAUCCAUCGACAUUACCAGCUGCCUACAGUUUAUUUUUAAUACUUUUGUACAAAAAUCUUACGUUAUCAAAAUUUCUUGUGGCGACGGCCAUCUUGGCUUACCGUACGGACGCGUCCGCGAUCACCGAGUUUUUAGGUUAUUUUCUAAUUUUAUUUUAUAAACCGUGUGAUUUUUACACUAUCGCAGUGAUAGUUAGUGUCUUAGUUAGAUUGUUUAUAAUUAGUUUACGUUUAAUUUUUAAUGUUUUAUUGUGUCUUUAUAGUUUUUUCACUGUAAAAUGGCUGGUAAAAUUUGGCAUUUGGGCAUUCCCAUAACCUUGUAAGGCGGAUUUAGUACAACAGAUUAUUUUAAUUAGUCGGACGAAAAUCCAAGAGAUAUAAGAUCUUUGGUCCGGUUUACGACUAACGAAAAAAAAAUAUCAAAACGAUUCGAUUUGAAACGAAAAUGAAUACUAACGUAAAAUAAGUCAUGUGUAAUCCGCCAUUUUAAUAAGUCAGCCAUUUUAAUACUUAACUUACCCAUUGCUUUAUUUGUAAAUAACGUUUUAAUAAUUGAGAUUACCUUACUAUGUGUAUGUAUAGUUGGUAAAUAUACGUAAAUCUUCACUUCAAGUGAGAUGUUUGGUGCACUUUAUGUGUAAAAAUUAGUUUUACCGCCUGAUUUUACCACACACGAUACGAAUUAAGUAGUUUCUUAAUUAUUUUUAUCUUCUUUUGUAAAGAGGUUGAGUAGUACAUACAAACCUUCUUGUAAGUACUUUAAAAAAAAUUGCAUGGUCUUGCCCGAUAGAAACUCGGCGAAAACAAAAUUAUAAUUGGAUUUUUCUAUUAGAAAAAAUCUUAGUUGAUAGUGAGCCAAGAGUUUGAAAUGAUCGACUGACGGGACAAUAUAUUCUCGUCAAUCAUUUGUGACGCCAUCUUUAAAAAAUUAAGAUGUCAAUUUGAAAAAGACAAGAUCCAGUACGCUUAAAAAUAUUUUAGAACAAUUUUUCUUGUACUACCCAAUCUUUUGAAUUAAGUUAUUAAAAAGUGGUAAAACAGGCAUUUUAGAUAAAUAUGAAUUAGAUUGCUAAAUAAUGAAGAACAUUUAAUAGCCAUAUUAUUUACAUUACUUACUAAUACUAUACAAAAUACUGGUAGGCUCCACUGACGUCUAGUAUCCCACAUUAACCGGAGAAUGUAAGAAAUUUGUCAAAUUACCUUCGAAAUAAUACCUUACAAAACCUGUAAGUGGAGUAAACUUAUCAAGUAUAUGAGAAUGAAGACAUUUUUCACAUUGUCCGGCUAAUGUCGGUAAUAACCAGUUAUGUAGACGAUGCAUGAUCUGGUGGAUUUUAUUAGAAUAAUUUUGUGUGUAGUAAAUUCACGAAUAUUAGUAAAAUGUCACAUUAUUUAAAUAAAUGAAUUAUAUACUUAAAUAUUUGAAUUGUUUUGCAAUAGUAAUUAUAGUUGGUACUUAAUUGUUCUGUGCCUUAAAAGUACCUGGCCUUGUAAAGUGCCUUUUCUAUAGUAAAGUCAAUUGUAUUUAUAGUAUUACAAUAGUGACAGCCUUAAAUACGAAUACUCAAACGGCACUUAAUUUUAUCUCCAUCAUUCGUACCUACUGAAAUUAGUGAAACAGAAAACUUAAGAAAAGUUACAAGUUGAGUAUCGUUUGAGUAUUUUGAACAUAGGAGAUUAUACAUAAACGGUGGAUUUUCACACUUAAAACAAUGAAAACUUUAACAUAAUUGCUAAAGAGGCGGGAAAACAAAUUGUAUUGAUUUCUUUUCUGUGGUUUUCGUGUUUUAUACGGCAGUAAAUCCCGCCAAGACAAACUGCAGAUUUUUUUCUAACUUAGCUAUUAAAGAGGGCAAUGAUUUCCAUAACAGAAUUUGAAAAAACUAAAGGCCUUUAAACCACUCCUGGAAAAAAAAUCUUCUUGGUUGCCUAAAUUACCAAAACCGUAGUAUUACCGGGAAAAAUAUUUUUUCCGGGUCUUAGCCGGAGAUGGUAAACUGGUCAUGAAAUAAAGCUCUCUUAAAAAUGCAUUUCUAUAUGAAAUAAAUUUUAAUAUCCGUGGGAAAUCUUACCGAAUUAUUGUACUUAAAUAAUAGGUUCUCAAGGCUUACAAAUAAUAAUAUAUAAAAGUACAUACUUAUAGGUAUAUAUUUUAUAAACAUGCUCAAGUGUAUAAAUAGAUUGCUCAGAUAUAUAAAUACAAAUAAUUUAUUUGUUUCAAUAUUUUUUUACAAAUAAUACUUCAAAUAUUAUUUAUAAUAUUCUUCAGAGGCCUUAAAAUCAUGGUUUAGCCUGAAAUAAAAUCAAGUUGCCUUAUACUAUAAAAUACUUUUCGAAAUGAGCCUUAUUUUUUACAAACUACAUUCAAAUAUACAAUUUUUGUCAGGGAAACUUUAUAAAUGUAUUAGUUCCAAGUAAAUAUAUCUGUAUAUUUUUGAAAAUUCUGUAUUAAUUUGAGUCAUAGUUCCAUUAAUAUCCACUAGGGGCGCUGGUGUCACUAAUACAAAAUCAUUUUUUUACUUUUUUUCUCAAGUUUGCGUUAAUUUUACUUAACAAUGCAAUAGGAUAAUGCAAAAGCAAUAUAAAUUACUGUAUUUAUGUGUACAUAGUUGCACGAACAACUUUAUUCUUUAUGUCAUUGCAAUAAGGUUAAAAAUUACAUUAAAAAUGUCAACACUAAUUCGGAGAUAUUAUUGUACUUACUUAAUUUAUUUUUAAGACUGAACUAAUUAUUGUUUUUAAAAAUAUUGAUUUUAUAAUUUUUGCUGUAUCCGAAAUAAAUUUGCAAUUAAAUAUUGUAAGAAUUAAUAAUUGUAUUUGUAUUUUUAACUUUUAAUUUUCUAUUUAGCACAAAACACUGUUAUGGCGAGUAUAACUUCUUAGUCAUUCCAUUUUUCUAUGAAUUCCUUGGAUUUAUUACAUUAUUUACUAUUUAUAAAAACCUAUCCACGUUUCCUCUUAAAACAGUAUCAUUUUUAACUUUAAAAAAUGAUAGGUGAUUUUGAUACAGAGACAUUUUUAUAUCUUAUCAGACAUUAUGCUACACUUCAAUAAAAUAAAUUGGUAGGUACUUAAUUUCAAACUAGAUAAUGUAAUAAAUCCACAAUGGAUUACUUUAUGUAAAUGAAUACAUAUUUUACUACCUGAUCCAAUCCAUCGUUUUAUUAGUGCAAGUGUACUUACAAACACAACUUCAUAAGUACUUACUUAAAAUAAUCUUAAUUUAUAAGAUCUUAAUAGUGACUAGAAAUAUCAUUAUAAAUAAUAAUUAAUUAUGUUUAUGGAAUUAAUAAAUAAAGAAUGAGUUUAAACUGGAA